AUGGAGGAGGCAGGAGCUGGGAGCAAGCGACAAUUGGGUGUCUCCUUCAUGAUUGAUUAUCUGCUCUUUGAUAAGGGGCAGCCAGUGAGUGAGGAGUUGGAGGCUGGGAGCCAGCCUCAGUCCAAGAGCUUGGGCUCCUUGGAAGAGAAAGAAAUGGAAAAGGAGGUUCAGAGAAAGCAGGCAGACACUGGAGCUCAGGCACCACCAGAUGCCGUGGACAAACCCAACCAGUCUUACAUUGCCCUUAUUUCCACAGCCAUCCUCUCUUCCCCAGAGAAGAAGCUGCUGCUCUCGGAUAUUUAUCAGUGGAUCAUGGAUAAUUACCCUUACUUCAAAAAUAAGGAGAAGAGCUGGCGCAACAGCGUGCGGCACAACCUCUCCUUGAACGAAUGCUUCAUCAAAGCUGGGCGGAGUGACAACGGCAAGGGGCACUUCUGGGCCAUCCACCCAGCCAACCUGGAGGAUUUCUCCAAGGGCGACUACCACCGGCGCAGAGCCCGCCGGCGCAUCCGCAGGAUGGCGGUGAGUCUGAACUAUUAUCCCUACCCCUUCUACGGGGCGAGCUGCUGCCCAGGAAGGUAUUGCCUGUGCUGCCCACCGUACGUGCCCCCUGCUGCCGCCAGCCCUUCUCAGCAUUGCCAUCCCAGAUUUCCCGUUCUGCCCCUCGCCCAGACAGCUUCCCAGCCUCCCCUGUACCUCCCUGGAGCUGCCUACAGAUGCCUGCAGGAAAAGCAGCUCAGCUGGGCUUGGAGCAGACCCCACUUACAGCACCCCUUGAAGGCCCAUCUGUACCUGUAGCCUCUGCUUCGCCAGCCUCUGGGGAACGUGGGGCCACCAGGGCCGGGAAGAACCAGGUUUGACCGAUGCAGCACGGAGACCUGAGCAUGACUGUCGACCUGCACUUAGCCUUGAACUUGACUGCAAAGGUCCUUCCCCCUGCAUGGGUUGCCUUAGUGAAGCUGGGACAGAGACCUGCCCUUUGAAGAGGGCAGAGGCCAGAAAAUGACACAUGACUUGUGAUUCCACCCCAUCUUCUAUAUAUAUAAAAAUGAGGUAGGGGCCCUGCAAGUCCACCUGCUCAUGGGUUCAGACACCGCUUCCAGUCCCCAUCCAUGCCUGGAGGAGCAUCUGAUCACUACAUUCAGCAGUGCUGACUGCUGCUGUCCCCUGCUGGGGUGAACAUUGGUGUGAGGAUGAUAGGGUUCAUGGUAGCUACUCCUUUCCACGUCCCUUCAGCGUGUUCAGUCUUCUUGCCUAGCUUAGAGCCUCUGCAGAGUCUUUAUUUUUGGUUUAUUUUGAUUGGAAUAGUAUUAUAAACAAUAAAUCCACAGCUGAAAGCACCUGAAUACUCAGCAUCAUCCAGCGUCAUUUGAUGGUCUGUCAGACAGGAUUGUGGUGUCAGUCUAGUAGCAUGAGCUGCCUAUGCCAGCAGGU